AUGUCAGACUCUAAUCCCCCGAGCGUUAAACUAGAAGAUGAAACUCCUUCAAGCCCCGAGUUGCAAGGCGAUAUUAACGCGGAUAAGUCCGACUCACACGAAUUGUCGAAUACAGAAAUCGUUGAAGAUUCGAAUGUUGAUCAUGAAUCGCAGGAUGACGUAAUAUCCGACCGAUCUGUAGAUAAUUCACAAUAUUCGUCAUUUGAAAAUGGAACCUCCGAAACAAAUCGCUUUACAAUCGAUAAUGAGUCUGUAGAUAAUCAGUUAGAAAAGGGUGAACUCUCAUACGACACAGAUGGUCAGAAUUUGGAUCACACAUCUAACCUCUCUGAAGAUGGUACACCUCAUAGGCUAGGUACUGUCAAUGCGGUAGAUGAAAACGAAGAGGCUGUUGAAACCACGCCAAAGCUGGAGCAUUCCCUGUCUUCUCAGUCCAGCGUAUCUAGCGGAGGAGGGAGUACAAGAUCCAAGAAAAAGGGAAAAGUGCCUGUUGGAACUAGUGAGAAUCCAAUUGAUGUAACAGAUGUGGUUGUUGAUCACGGAAGUUUGUUAGAACUAUACCAAAAUGACUAUUUUGAUGCGCAUAUGCACAUGUAUCACUUGUAUCAUAAAAAGGAGCCGGGUGUUCACGAGUAUCUCGUAAACAUGCUAUACACUAAGCGUAACAACGAUGAAAUAUCGUUUUAUUUGCCCCAACUAUGCCAACUUGCAAUAACAAAGUACGGAAAGUCCUCGUUACACAGAUUCCUGCUCGAUAGAGCUUCAGGAUCUAUGCACUUUGCUCUGCAGCUAUCAUGGUUUUACCAGGCUGUAUUGGACGAUCAAAUGUCGAAACAUGACCGGUUAUCCCAAAAGAUCACUCAGGAGACAGAGAUGGCAGUGGUCAACUGUAAACUGAUAACACCGUCAAACUUUGUGAGAACUCAGACUGAUGCUGAAAGGUUAGCGUCCCCUAAUCUACUGGACAGAAGACUCUUUAUCAAGUCGUUGAACAGAGACGUAUACACCGAUGUGAACUCACUACUGGUUCCUCAAAUGCCAAAUUCUCUGGUUCACAACACAUUCACUCUAUCUUGUCCGAACUCCAAGGUUAAACUGAAGGGUGUGCACACUAGACUUGGUAAUCCCCUGAAUCUGGAAACACAUCCUCUCUUUGACUGCAAUGAUGAUGUGUUCCUGGAGUUGCAACGGCUGAUGAUGAAGCAAAGACGUCUCAACUACUUUAACCUGCUCAACAACUUUGUGAGUCUGAGUAUGGAGGUGUCAAUGUUGCUUACAACCGAGCCGAAGAGAGAUGCCAGAGAACCCCUUUUGAGGGUCUUUGCCAGUGCUUUGAAUGAAUGGAUGUUACUGCGUAGAUGUACUGUUGCAGCCUAUGAAGAGAGCUUUUCCUACACUGGACUCUCUAUCCCGCUAAAGUCCAUAAGUCACCUGAAUGACAAGACGGCGUUCCAGAUGCUUCGCAUAGUCGAAAAUGAAAUCAAGGUUUUCUUCUCCAGAAAGAGAGCUCCUUUUGUCUUUUACAUUGAAUUUGCCAACUUGGAUGAAGACGUGGAGGCUGCCAAGGAGAUGGAUAAAGGCUUGACUGCAAAGAACUUUUACGUCUUUAACUCCAUUGUACAAGACUUGCUAAACUAUGAAAUACUUACUCCAACACAUAUCGCAACAAUUAAGGACCCUCUGGAGUGCAUCCGCUAUGCCCUGGGCAUGCUGCCUCCGGAGAAGAUGACAGCCUACGAUGACGCUGUGCUGGCCAGAGACGAAGAAAGUGCGCAAUCAGAAAUUGCAAGUAAUGGAGGCGGCAAUGAGGAUGAGGACGAUAAAGAUGAUGGAAGUGACGGAGAGUUGAGAAGAAGUUCCUCAUGCACUCAGAGCUUUACGACCAACAAGACCAUGCUCAACGCUAGAACCCACUCUACAAGCUCCAAACACCGUGGUCUCAAGGACCUUACUCCUGAGGAGACCAGGGCAGUCAUAUGGCCAGAGACUUUUGAGACGAAGAGGGAGCGUAUUCGCAAGGCAUCUCCGUAUGGACACCUAAAGAGUUGGCAGUUGUGUGCCUUUGUUAUCAAGGGUGGCGAUGAUUUACGCCAGGAGAACAUGGGCCACCAGAUUUUGAGACUCUUUUCCAAGAUUUUCAGGAAGGCAAAACUGCCACUUUGGCUGCGUCCCAUUGACAUUCUGGUAACAGGUUCUAGCUCUGGCAUCAUGGAGUUUGUGCACGACACCUGCUCCGUCGAUGUAAUCAAGAGAAGGUUUAACGCAGAGUCGAUAGCUACGGUGUUUGAGAAACUAUUCGCAGACAACAUUUACGAAGCCAGGAAGAACUUUAUAGAGAGCCAUGCGGCCUACUCUCUGGUUUCCUACCUGUUACAUGUCAAGGACAAGCACAAUGGAAACAUCAUGUUGGACUCCAAGGGACACGCCAUCCACAUUGACUACGGUUACUGUCUGACUAAUUCACCAGGUAACAUCAACUUUGAGGCGACUUCAUUCAAACUCACAAACGAAUACAUGGACGUUAUUGGCGGGGAGUCAUCAGAUAACUUUGCCUACUUUAGGACACUCGUUAUAAACGGACUGUUGGAGGCGAGGAAGCACGUUGACCAGAUUGUCUUGCUGGUUGAGAUGAUGACGUCGGCUAGUAAGAUGCCAUGUUUUGUUGCUGGGACAAUGUACACCAUAGAAGCCCUCAAGGACAGAUUUAUGCUGAACCUAUCGGAAGAAACAUGCAGGAGGAAGAUCAACGAAAUGAUCUAUGCGUCCAUCAACAACUUUAGAGCCGUACAAUAUGAUAACUUCCAACGUCUAACCAAUGGCAUAAUGUAG